AUGGGGCCCCCGGGCAAUAGGGGAUCAUGGGGCCCCUGUGUCCUUGUCCAAACUCAAAAAAGCCUAUGAAAAAAAGGUACCAGGGGCAUCUCAUGGGGCCCCCUACUGACCCCGGGCCCUCAGGCAGUGCCUGAGUUUCCAAAUGACAGAAGACCUCCACAUCUGUUACAUUUUUGUUUUGGGUUUUAAAAACUUUAAGACACAAUGUAAUUCUUUUGCUGAUCUUUCUAAAAACAUUCCCCUUUUAAUUCAAAACCUUCUAAAUUUUUGGAAGCUUUUCUAGCUUUCAUGCUAUAUUUUAUAU